GAUCUCACGGUCUUGUUAUGGACCGUGACCACCGUGACCGUGCUGACCGUGGUGAUCUGUGAAAAAACUGAACUGAUAAACGUCAAAAUUAUUCAUGAAAAAAAAUUAGGCCGGGAACAACUCAUUCGUUUAAGUGAAUUACCGUAUUUUCAAAUGAACACAUACAUCAUUGUGUAACUAUCGUAAAUCGUAACUCAAAGAAAACUGUGGAAUUCACUCGUAUUUCUUGACGCGAAGCAAUCAUAAUAACAAUAUAUAUGUUAGGUUAAUGGUUAACUUCACUAAAGUAACUGCGAAUUAUUGAGUUAAUCCGUUUUUAAGUCUGAAAAAAAUGUCACCAGAACCGACUCAAGAGCCGAUUGAACAAAACUUGAGUGUGCCGAAUUUGACAGCCGGUGCAAGAGCUGUCAACGAGUCUGACAGUGAAGAUGAGGAUACUGGAAUGACAGGUUAUAUGCCAUUGUCACAAGUACCAACAGACGCAGAUCCCAUGCUCGAUGAGGACGAUGAUUUUGAGGAUGAAGAAUGGAUCUCAGCUUCAGUAGAAAGGUCGCAAGGAUUAUCGACUGUGCUAGAUGACGAGCAGCAGGGAGGUCCUUCAGAGACUAUCCAAGUAUGGACAUCAUUGUGCAAUAGGUCGAACAUAGAGUUGGAUCCGGAUAAGAUAAAUCAAGUGAAAUCAAUGAUGGCUACAUUUACAUUGCCGGUAACAGCGAUACCAGAGUGGGCGAACACAAUUUCUGAGGAGCAAUGGAAAGAAGAGCUCAUAGACCGUAUAAAAGAGAUGCAAAAUAGAGAGACAUAGGAUAAUCCCCCUCAAAGGAGAGCAAGAAAAUGAGAAAGUCGUUUAUUAAAAAUAAGUUGAUCCAUCGUUCGAGGUACGAGUUCAAUUUUUCCCUGUUCUAUGAAUUGGCCAAUUCGGUCAAUCCUCGCGUUCGGAUAAGACCUUUCUCUGAUCCUGAGAUCUGACAAUUUUGUUUUCUAAUGUAAUUUGUUAAAUAAAAUUUAGGCGAGCCAAUUUUACGAAAA